AUGGAGUUUGUGACUAUUGUUCUUGGUUUCUUCUUAUUGUUUGCACUUAUUCAAGCCACUUUCUCAGUUUUGGGCCUCGGUCGACCCAAGAACCUACCUCCAGGUCCAACCCCAUUUCCGAUCAUCGGAAACCUGCACUUGCUCGGCGACCAUCCAAACCAGUCCCUAGCCAAGCUAGCCAAAAUCCAUGGCCCAAUCAUGUUCUUAAAACUUGGUCGCAUCAACACACUUGUCAUCUCCUCCGCCGCUGCCGCCAAAGAAGUCCUCCAAAAACAAGAUCUUGCUUUCUCCAGCCGCCAAAUCCUCGAUUCCCUCCACGCCCACAACCACGCUCAAAACUCUACCUUCUCGCUGCCUGUCGGCGCCCAGUGGCGGACCCUCCGCAGGAUCCUCAACAACAAUAUCUUCUCCGGCGACUCCCUUGAUGCCAGCCAACACUUGCGGAACCAAAAAGUGCAAGAGCUUGUAGCAUACUGCCGGAAAGCCAGCGAGUGUAAUGAGACGGUGGAUAUCGGCCGAGCUGCUUACAGAACCAGCCUGAAUAUCGCAUCAAACACCAUCUUUUCCAAGGAUUUAACAGACCCAUUUGAGGAUUCUGGUCAAGAGUUUAAGGAGCUGAUUGGGAACAUCAUGAUGGAAGCUGUGAAGCCAAAUCUAGUGGACGUUUUCCCUGUACUGAAAAAGAUCGAUCCACAAAGGAUCAGGAGCAGAUUGAGUCAUCAUCUUGGGAAGGUUCUUGAGAUUUUCGAGGAGUUGAUCAAAGAAAGAUUGGUGAUGAAGAAGAGAUUGAAGCAAGAUGAUGAUUUCUUGGACAAGUGCUUAAAAAUCUCUCAAGAAAACCCUGAUGAGAUCAGUCGGCAACACAUCACGAGCAUGUUUUUGGAUUUGUUUCUUGCUGGCACCGAUACGAUUUCAAGCUCUUUGGAAUGGGCAUUGACCGAAUUAAUACGCAACCCGUGCUCCAUGGCCAAAGCCAAAGAGGAGCUCGAAACGACAAUCGGCAAAGGUAAAAUUCUAGAAGAGGUUGAUCUCAUGAGGUUACCCUACUUAAGGGGCAUUGCCAAAGAGACGUUAAGGAUUCAUCCGCCAGCCCCUUUCUUGGUGCCUCGAAAACUAGAGACUCAGGUGAAACUCUACGGUUACACCAUCCCUAAGGGCACACAAGUACUUGUGAAUGCAUGGGCCAUAGGACGAGAUCCAACUACGUGGGAGGACUCAUUAGAGUUCAAGCCAGAAAGAUUCUUGACCUCGGGGAUUGAUAUCCAAGGUCAUGAUUUUGAGCUGAUUCCAUUUGGUGCUGGACGAAGAAUAUGCCCUGGUUUGCCACUUGCAAUCCGUAUGAUUCCUUUGAUGCUCGGUUCGUUACUCAAUAAUUUUGAUUGGAAUCUCGACAAUGGAAUUAGACCGGGGAAUAUGGACAUGACAGAGAAGUUUGGGCUCACGUUACAGAAGGCUAACCCUCUAUGUGUCGUUCCGAAGCCACUACAUUAGGGUUCACUUGUUUACAUAAUAUAUUUCAUAUUGUUAGUCAAUCCAACGUUAAAAAUGAUACAUACGGUUUUUGGAUAUCUUGUACAUAUUUGUAUCCAUAGGAUACACUUAAUUAUCUUUAUCCAUUUGUUUUUG